AUGUCCUUCCCUCCAGAAGAUAUACUGGUAACAGUACUGAAAAUAGCUGAAAUCCUAAGAUCUCGAAACCAAACACUAGCAAUCUCAGAAGCAGCAUGUGGUGGACUAAUCUCAGCAUACAUUGUAUCUGUUCCGGGAGCAUCAGAUUUCUAUAUUGGUGGUAAGCUUCUUUACUCACUCAAGCAGAGACUUAAACUAUCGGGCUGGUCACAGGAUGAAAUUGCCAAUUACAUGGGACCAAGUGAAGAAGUCGCUUUAAAAUUGGCAAGAACUGCCAAGUACGAAUUGGGAUCGACAUUUGUCCUAUCUGAAACUGGGUUUGCUGGACCUACUAUGGAUCUACAUUUGAAUGAUGAUGAUGAUGGCAAUGAUGAAGAACAGGUGCGAGACACUCGUCCGAGCCUAGUAGGUCACGUGUUUAUUGGAUUCACGGGUCCCCGUGGAGAUUCUUCAACUAGUGUUGAAACAGGCAUACACAAUCGUGCUCAGAAUAUGAGCCAAUUCGCCAAGUUUGCGCUAGAGUUUUUACUUGAUCAGUUGCAAAAAGACGAAGUUGUCAAUGAGCAUGGCCAUGGGCAAUCCACUCAAACUGCCCCCCUUGAGGCAAGGCUAGUUAGUGACGAUGCGCGGUAA